AUGACGAUGUCGACCUCAACAGAGCUUCCCAUAGACAUUAUCAACUUCAUCAUGGUGAUCGCAGUUGGCGCGCUUGAUGCCCAAUCCGUGUCAUCGAUAGCCCUUCUCUCACACCACUUUCGCAUUGUAGCCAACAAGCAACGAUUCUCUGAUCUUACUUUCUACGGUAGACCCAUUCGGAAUAAGAUCCACGUAUUUGCAACUCUGAUCGAAGAAUCAGCUGGGUACGAGUCGAUGCGUGGCAUACACACAUUCAUCACAUCUAUCAACCUCGACAUUCCAAACACUUGCGAUGCAGACAAAUUGCAGCCCUAUACUACAAUUUUCAAGCAUUUAUUUAGGCAUGACGCAGUUCUGUGCACACCUAUCCGAGCCAUGUCACUAUCCAUGUACAAUGUUGCAAAACUGCUGUCUAUGGACCCCGCAUUGGAUAUUUCUCUCAGGUCGUUGCUCAGGGAGUCACACAUCAACUUUCUGGAACUGUUUCAAUCAUUCUGCGUACCGUGUGACCUUCUACAAGGGUCAAAACUUGAGCAUAUCUCCCUUCUUGGCGUCAGCAUAUUGUCCAAGUAUCCCGUCAUCGAAAAAUUGGAGCCAGUGUAUCUCAAGUCUCUGUCGGUAACUUGGUAUAGCCAUCCCCAGUUUGAGAUUAUCAAUCUCAUGGAAUUAUUUGGGGCCCAUGAAGCCGGCCAUUUUUCAAAUCUGACUUCGCUGACCAUAUCAACCUCAUCGGGAGACUUUGCAAACGACCUGCUGAAAUUAUCACCUCGUUUGGAGACACUGACACUGAAUUUUUCAGAGGGACUAAACGAAGGUCGUCAUAUACCACCAGGGACAUCAAGGGUCCAUCUGAUAGGAUACUCGCUUCCUUCCCACCUCGAAAAUCUUUCCAUAUAUAUGAGAUUCAGAGAUCACGUAGAAAGCACCCUGAAUGGUCCAGAUGACGGCCUUCUGGAUGCAGAUAUCCUGCUCAAGGAGGCAGUCUCCUGGGAUGAGCAUCUGCAUUCGCUACUGUGCGGAAAAGAAGAUCACCUGCACCUGGUUCCUCAAGUCACUGUUCGCUUAGUCCGUCAAUUCGAGGAGAAAACGUAUAAAUCUUCCAUCUGGGAAGAUUGCUGGCGGCGUCGCUUUACAGAUGCAUUUUCAAGGUGUCAAACAUCUGUUGUGAACUUCUUCCUGUACAUUGAUACAGUGUCGAUUGCAUAUGAUUCGGAUUAG